AUUCUGCGCCUGCGCCCUGCCUCCCGGCGGGGCGCUCCUGCCGACUUCUGCGGCGCUUCGCCGCGGCAGGUUUGCACCUUCUGGCCCUCCGUAGCCGCUCGGCCGCUGCGCCGUUCCUGGUUCCUUUUCGAUAUUCCCACGCCUACUGGGCCAGGUUCUUUCGGGGUUCGAGGAAGCGUCGUAGGUCUCUCCCACGUCAGGGACUGGGCUGUGGAGAUGGCGGCUCAGAAGAUAAACGAGGGGUUGGAGCACCUCGCUAAAGCAGAGAAAUACCUAAAAACUGGUUUGUUAAAAUGGAAGCCAGAUUAUGACAGUGCUGCUUCUGAAUAUGGAAAAGCAGCUGUUGCUUUUAAAAAUGCCAAACAGUUCGAGCAAGCAAAAGAUGCCUGCCUGAGGGAAGCUGUUGCCCAUGAAAAUAAUAGGGCUCUUUUUCAUGCUGCCAAAGCUUACGAGCAAGCUGGCAUGAUGCUCAAGGAGAUGCAGAAACUGCCCGAGGCUGUCCAGCUCAUUGAGAAGGCCAGCAUGAUGUACCUCGAAAACGGCACCCCUGACACCGCAGCCAUGGCGCUGGAGCGGGCUGGAAAGCUUAUAGAAAAUGUAGACCCAGAGAAGGCUGUACAGUUAUAUCAACAGACAGCUAAUGUGUUUGAAAAUGAGGAACGUUUACGACAAGCAGUUGAAUUACUAGGAAAAGCCUCCAGACUGCUUGUACGAGGACGCAGGUUUGAUGAGGCAGCACUCUCUAUUCAGAAAGAAAAAAAUAUUUAUAAGGAAAUUGAAAAUUACCCGACUUGUUAUAAGAAAACAAUUGCUCAAGUCUUAGUUCACCUACACAGAAAUGACUAUGUGGCUGCAGAAAGAUGUGUCCGGGAAAGCUACAGCAUACCAGGGUUCAAUGGCAGUGAAGACUGCACUGCACUUGAACAGCUUCUCGAAGGUUAUGACCAGCAAGACCAAGAUCAAGUGUCAGAGGUCUGCAAUUCUCCGCUUUUCAAGUACAUGGACAAUGACUAUGCUAAGCUGGGCCUCAGUUUAGUGGUUCCAGGAGGGGGAAUCAAGAAGAAAUCACCUGCAACACCUCAGGCUAAGACUGAUGGCGUCACCACCACAGCUGCUGAUGAAGAAGAUGACGAAUACUCAGGAGGACUGUGCUAGUAUUUUGCUUGCAGAAAAGAAAAGGAGUAAAAAGGGAAAAUCCUGAUGUGCAAUUUCAUGGACUUGGGCCUUGUUUAAGGGCAUCCAUACUUCACUGUAGUCAUGACUGUAAAUACUAAUAAAGACUAAUUUUUAGUUAUCAUUUCUCCCAAAUCACUCAUUGUAAUUGCUACCUGUGAAGCAUUUUCUAUGUGAUAAGAGCUUUCUUAAGAUACCAGUAGGAAAUAGCAAACAAAGUACUAUCAUAUUUUAAUACAGUUGAUUUUAAAAUUUUUAGGCCAAA